AUGAAGAAGAUCGACCCGCCGCUCUCUCAACUGGGGACACAAAACAUUGAUUAUUGCUCAAAUGGAGCACUCCGUCCGAAUCUCACGAAGGUUUGUCCUCUCUUACCAAAUCUCACAAAGGUCUGUGCUCUCUUUCCGAAUCGAACGAAGGUUUGCGCUCUCUUUGAUGGUCGUUCAGCGAACAAGGAUCCUUCUUCCGGAAGUGUCAUCUCAUCAGCAGAAGCCACACCAUAUUGGGAGGCGUAA